CACUGUACCACGUCGCCAUUUUCGCUUCGUUCCCUGUCACAAAAAUUUUCACACGCAACGCCGGAUACUGAAAAUAUCGGAUUUUAAAAUAUAAAAAUUGGUUGGAUUUAUUCUGACUUUACGUGUUUAUAAUUAGCGUGUUUUUGGUGUACGGGUUGUAAAGAAAAUAUGAGUGCCACGCCGCCGGACUUACUUUCGUUGGCGGUGGCCCGAGAAGCCUCAACCGCUAUAGCGGCCUCUGCCAACGGCGGCAGCGGCAGAAGCGCUGAUAAGGAGCGCUCCCGUUCCAAAGAUCGUGGAAGGGACAAGGAGAAGGAUAGGGACAAGGAUAAAAAGAGGAGGGACAGCAGAGACCGGGACAGCCGCCGAAGGGAUGACCGCGAUCGUGAUCGCGACCGUGAUCGCGAGCGUGAGCGUGACCGGGAUCGGGAUCGUGACCGAGAUUCCCGCUCAAAUCGCAGCAAGUCGCGCAAUUAUGAUGACCAGGAUAGGCGUAGAAAACGUUCACGCAGCAGGGACCGUGAUCGUGACCGCAAGCGGGAUCGUGAUCGUGACUCACGUUCUAGGCGUAGCAACUCGCGCGGUGGACGCGAUGAUUAUGACCGCAGUCGUCGUCGCCGCUCACGCAGUCGCAGCUACGAACGCCGGCGUAAUGAUCGAGGCAGCCAGAGGGAUCAGCGGGACCCGCCAAUACAACGGAUCACUGGAGAACGCACUCAUAUUAACCCAUUCGACCCGUCAAACACUCGGCUCUUAUUGAAUCAAGAUCACGACCAUCCGAGGAUUCCUUCGCUGUUUGACAGGCAGCCACAGGGAUUGGAAACCAUCAGGGAGGAAGCAAGAGAGCCUCGCUUUGACCUAUCUCAGACCAUUCAGGAGCUGAUGGGCAGCGCGGGAAACACCAAAGGAUUCGCUUCGUUCUUUAACAACCAGAACAGCAAUGACUCCAAUAGCAAUGGAGCAUUCGAUAACUCAUUGGACAGCGCUGCAGAACGGAAGAGAAAGCGCAAGUCUCGUUGGGGUGGCAGUGAAAAUGACAAGACCUUUAUACCCGGGAUGCCCACAAUUUUGCCCUCCACCCUGGACCCAGCUCAGCAGGAGGCCUAUCUAGUUCAAUUUCAAAUCGAAGAGAUCAGCCGCAAAUUGCGAACCGGCGACCUGGGCAUCACGCAGAAUCCAGAAGAAAGGUCCCCCUCGCCGGAGCCCAUUUACAGUUCUGAUGGCAAGCGGUUGAACACGCGCGAGUUCCGCUAUAGAAAACGACUUGAAGAACAACGUCACCAAUUGAUAGUCAAGAUGCAGACGGUGAACCCUGAGUUCAAGCCACCGGCUGAUUACAAGCCGCCCGUUACCCGAGUCAGCGACAAAGUGCUAAUUCCACAGGAGCAACACCCGGAUAUCAACUUUGUGGGUCUGCUGAUUGGGCCGCGCGGCAACACGCUCAAGGCUAUGGAGAAGGAUACGGGGGCCAAGAUCAUAAUUCGCGGCAAGGGAUCGGUGAAGGAGGGCAAAGUGGGACGGAAGGAUGGCCAACCCUUGCCUGGUGAGGACGAGCCUCUUCAUGCCUUUAUUACCGCCCCGAACCCUGAAGCGGUGCGAAAGGCUGUGGACAAGAUCAAAGACGUCAUCCGUCAGGGUAUCGAAGUGCCCGAGGGUCAUAAUGAUCUGCGCAGGAUGCAGCUGCGGGAGCUAGCUCAAUUGAACGGAACCCUUAGAGAAAAUGACAUUCAACGCUGUACGUGCGGCUCAACAGACCAUAAAUCUUGGCAGUGUCCGGAUAAACCGAUUAUCACGAAUACGAUUGUGUGUACCUCAUGUGGGGGUACGGGACAUUUAACAAAGGAUUGCCGGAACAAGCGCCCUGGAUCUGGAGCACCGGGCAUGGCCUGUGAGGAUACUCAGGCAAAGAUCGACGAAGAGUACAUGAGUUUAAUGGCAGAGUUGGGAGAAGGUCCGCCGCCAGCAGCGGCCAAACCGGAUCCGCCGACCACCAACGGGCCGCAGUUGCACCGAGCUAGCUAUAGUAUCUUCGAUAAGAAACCGUCCCAGAUGCAGGCCAUCCAGUCACCACCUAGCUCCUCGUCGCGAGAUCACCAACGCGACCUGGGCGGUUGGGGAGCGGCGGCGCACGAUCACGGCAUGGGCAUGGAGCACGGUAUGGGAUUGGACCAGCAUGGUCACGGUUUGGCGAUGGAUCACGGCAUGAGCCUUGGCAUGGAACACGCUAUGGCGGCCUAUGUGCCGGCACCUCCGGGUACACAAGCAGUGCCCCCAAUGCCCCCGCCGCUGAUGCCGUGGAUGAGCGCACCUCAGCCACCGCCACCGGCUACGGAGCCACUGAAUCCCCCCAUACCGGGCACCUUGCCACCGCUUAUCCCGCCGCCACCUGGCACCAGUGCCCCGCCCAUGCCGCCGUGGGGCGGAGGCGCUUAUAGUGGCUGGGGUGGCGGCUAUGCGCCGCCUCCACCUCCGCCCUGCGCCCCGCCACCAGCCUUGAGCCUGUCGCAGCCGCCGCCACCUCCACCGCCAUCCACUUAAGCUUUCGGACUUUAAAAGAAUCGAUUCUGACACCGCUCAGAUUUUUAGACGAUAGUGCUCCACUGCAUGAGACUGUCCCUGCAAUCAAUUAUGAACGUAAUCCUAAUCCCCGACUAUAUUAUUCGCUUUCAUUAUAAUUGAUAAUCGAGACAAGCCUACAAAACACAUUUGUAUUUUACGAUGCUUCAAAUAAAGGACGGAAUAAAGUAA